GUGAGUUAAAAAGAGAGAAGCUGAUACUGAAAAAACGUGUAAGAAAGAGAGCAUUUGAACAACAAAAUUAGAGUAACUGCAAGAGAGAGAGAGAGCAAAGAGAGCAAGAGCAAGAGAGCACAGAUAGUACAGAUAGUGAAAGAAAAAAGUGAGAGAGAAACCGCAUGCGAGAGAGAGAGAGGGAGAAGCACACAGUGAAAGACAAAAAGCGAGCACAUGAGAGAGAGACAUAGCAAAAGGCAAAAAGAGAGAGAGAGAGAGAGAAAGGGGGAGUCAGUAAUACAUAACAUAAAAACAGAGGGAGAUGAACAGGAAGGAAACAGUUUGAGUGCGGUGAAUGAAGAGUGUUGUGUAAAGUUUCUGAGUGAACAGGUGACAGAGGGAAACUGCUAUUGCAUCAUGACUCAGAGCCAAGCGGCUGAACUCCACACAAUCAGCCAUUUCCCUCCCACCACGCGGAGAGGGCUGAUGAAAGGGCAGAGCAGAAAAAGGGGAGGAACACGACAGUGAAGAGGGAGAAAAGGAGUUUAUGAAAGAGAGAGAGAGAGACAGAGGGACAGAGAGAGAGAGAGAGAGAAAGAGGGAGGGAGAGAGGUGUGGGGCUGCUGACUAUUCAGGAGUUAAUUAGUUUGGGCCGCAGCCUAUCAGAAAGUUUGCUCUGGCUGGGGAACACCUAGUUCCUGUCAGGUUUUUCCUACUGAAAAAAAGACGCUCAGUGACACACGGCUUUGUUACAGCGUCUGCAGUGGAGGCUGUAAAACACCGGCUGGGUCAGCUUGCACUGAGUGUUUGUGUGUGUGAGUGUUUAAAAUGACCAGAAAGCCCUCUCAGAAUGGACAGACCAAAGCAGAUGGGGGCGUCCAGGCCGCAUGUGACCCCCCAGGUAAAGUGGAACUAAGGAAAAAGGUCACUCUGCUGCGAGGAAUCUCCAUCAUCAUUGGCACUAUCAUCGGAGCGGGAAUUUUCAUCUCUCCGAAGGGCAUCCUGAAAAAUUCCGGAAGCGUAGGAAUGUCUCUGGUGGUGUGGGUGGCCUGUGGGGUCCUGUCUUUAUUCGGUGCUCUGUCCUACGCUGAGCUGGGCACCAGCAUCAAGAAGUCUGGUGGUCACUACACAUACAUUCUGGAGGCCUUUGGCCCGCAGGUGGCUUUCGUGCAGCUGUGGGCGGACAUCAUCGCCAUUAGGCCUGCAGGUGUGGCUGUUAUUUCUCUGGCGUUUGCCCGCUAUAUUUUGGAGCCGAUCUUUAUGCCGUGUGGAGUCCCUCAGAUGGCCAUCAAGCUGACCACAGCAAUCGGAAUCACUACAGUGAUGUACAUUAACAGUAUGAGUGUGAGCUGGACAGCCAGGCUGCAGAUCUUCCUCGCAUUCAGUAAACUGCUGGCCAUCGGCAUCAUCAUCAUCCCAGGACUGUACCAGCUGUUUAAAGGAGAGACCAAAAACUUCCACAAUGCAUUUCAAGUGGACACCGUCCAGCUGACCAGCCUGCCCCUUGCCUUCUACUCAGGGAUGUAUGCCUAUGCUGGCUGGUUUUACUUGAAUUUUGUGACAGAGGAGGUGGAAAAUCCUGAGAGAAAUGUCCCCUUGGCUAUCUGCAUCUCCAUGGUGAUUGUCACUGUGUGCUACACAUUAGCCAAUGUGGCCUACUACACAGUGAUGUCAGCGGCAGAGCUACUGGCCUCGCGUGCCGUUGCCGUGACAUUUGCAGAGAAGCUGAUGGGCAACUUCUCCAUGGCAGUUCCAAUAUUUGUAGCUCUUUCCUGCUUUGGUUCUAUGAAUGGGUGUCUGUUUGCCAUCUCCAGAAUGUUCUAUGUAGCGUCUCGAGAGGGUCAACUUCCUGAGAUCCUGUCUAUGAUUCAUGUCCGCCGACACACACCGAUAGCUGCUGUGAUUGUUCUGUAUCCUAUCACUAUGCUCAUCCUAUUUCUGGGGGACCUCUACAGUCUGUUGAACUUCAUGAGCUUUCUACGCUGGCUCUUCAUUGGGGUUGCUGUUGUAGGGCUCAUCUACAUGCGCUACACACGGCCAGAGAUGCCCCGUCCCUUCAAGGUUCCCAUCUUUAUCCCAGCUAUUUUCUCCUUCACAAGCUUCUUCAUGGUCUUCCUCUCGCUGUACUCUGACCCGGUCAACACCGGCAUUGGCUUUGCCAUCUCGCUCACAGGAAUCCCUGCUUAUUACAUUUUAAUUGUCUUCAACAAGAAACCCAAGUGGUUCCAGAGAUUCUCAGACUCUGUGAACAGAUCACUACAGAUCAUCCUGGAGGUGGUUCCUGCUGAGAACUGACCCUUCCUGACCCCCCUCGUCCCUCGUUCCCUCUUUCAUUCCUCUUUCUUUUAUAGAACAUGCUCCCUUCAUCCCUCCCUCAUUUUCAUUCCUCUUUUAUGUUUUAUAGAAAACACUCCCCUGAGUGACAUGUUCUCACUCUCUCUCGCACCACGAGAGAGAAUGAGAGAGACCUUUCAGUACCCAUGCAGGAAAACACUUUCAUUCUCACUGUCUGCUCUGAACCGUACAUGCGCUCAUACACAGCAGCUACAAUUUGCAUUCACCUUCUUUUGUCACAGCCUCAUAUUAUUUUUUGGAUGUUUGGCUAUACAUGUAGUCUACAGCGGUCAGUAGUGGAAGUCCUGAAGAUCUACAGAUCUACCUUUCUGCAGAGUUUCUAAUCUAAAAUCUAACAAAUCUGAUCCAGCUUCAGAACACCUUGGUUGAUUUGAGUUGGAACCAAACUUUUACAAAAAGGGUCAAGCUCCAAGGACCUCUGCUGUACACUGAGUCAAAUUCCAUUAUUGUAGUCUUAUAGAACUGUAGUUACAUAUCAUUGCUGUCAAAAGAAAACAUCUCCAAAAUGCUGUACUCUCAGCAAAGUGUUUUAUUUAGUGCCAAAAGAAGUUUGUCUAUGACUUUCAUCCAUAGCUGAUCCCUUUUUGGCACUAUGUAGAACCAUUUUUAAAAAGUUUCUUUAAGGAAGCAGGUAAAACAGGUCCAUCAUAGAGAAGAACCAUUUAACAUUCAAAGGGUUCUUUGAGAUGUCACGGUUCUACAUAUAACCUUGCCUAUGCUAAAGAACCCUUUAAGAACCACUUUUUUUAAAAGAUGUACCUACAGAGGAUUGUAAAACAUCUGUAAACAUCUGUACCAUCCGUAUAUUUUUGAUUAAGAAACAUCUACACAGUGUAGCCUAAAAUUCAUCUGUCCUUUUCAAAUAAAACUGAAAUGUGCAAGUUUUCUAAUGACAGCGAUGAUAUGCAUCCAACAUCUCUUCUGUCUUGGAACUUGUAAAAAGCAUUUUUAAGCAGAAGAGGCAGUCAGAGUGUCUCUAUGUUAGAGAAGGACAUUCAUAAAUUGGUCUAAUUACAUGUGCGCUGACAGGCUCACGCACCAGACUGAAAGUGGGAGCACGCUGCUCGAGGAUGUGACAUUAGCCCAGCUUGGAUGAACAGUUUGAUGUAAUUGUGGAGAAAAUGAUCAGUCACAGAUGUCCUGCAGCGUGCUUGCUCUACAUGGCGCACAUGCCAGCUAGCUGAACCCCACUGCCAACACAGACACGUAAUUGGUCAUUCGGGGAAAUUCAGUGGUUGCCAGCUUCAUCUGCUAGCUUCAGUUCAUGAGAGUAGAUAUACGCUAGCAUGAAAUGGAAACUGACAAUGUGCACUCUUCAAAAUUAAGGUGUCAAAAGGGUCCUUUGGAGUGAUGCCAGACAAGAACCACUUUCGGUUCCCUAAUGAUCCUGUCAAUGGAACAUUCCAGCAUUCAUAAACCUAAUCUCUGUAUUCUGCAGCUGUUGCCAUAAUUUGCAAUUUAUGUUGACUCAAAACAGAUUGGCACUGACUUCUGGUAUGCACACUUUAAAAUGAUGGUUCUUCAAGGGUUCUUGAGAAAAGAAAAUGGUUCUAUGUGGAACCAUGAACACUCAAAGAACGCUUUGCAGGAUAAAAACGUUCUUUACAUGGUGAAAUGGUUCUUCAGAUUGAUGGAAAAUGUGUUCUAUAUGGUUCUAUAUAGAACCUUUUGAAAAGGGUUCUAGAGAGCGCCAAAAAGGUUUUCCUAUUGUAACAAGCUUGACCUAGUAACAAUAAAAGAACCUUUUUUGGCACUAUAUAGAACCUUUUUCUUAGAGGGUUUUUAAUGGAACUAUCUAUAGCAUGCUCUCUAUCAGUCUGAAGAAACAUUUCACGAUGUAAAGAACUCUUAAUCAUGCAAAGUGUUCAUGGUGUUAUACAGGACUAUUUUCUUUACUGAAGAACCAUCAUUUUUAAGUGUAUAUUAUUGUUCUGUGUGGGCAAAUACAGGCAAAGGUAGCUAAACUGUUGACGCAGAUAGAGAUCAGGUUGAAAGCUUUCCUUAGACAACUAAUAGGUUCAGAGAACCGAAGGUCCUUCUUCUAUGGCAGGAGUGCCCAUUCCUGGUCCUGGAGAUUUAGCACCCUGGAGAGAUCUACCACACCUAGUUCUUAUAUUCUCCUUUAGAUAAGUUAGAUUAUUUUUGGAAUAUGGAUGAUUAUGGCUGCAUGGUAGAUAUCCAGUACCAGGAUUAGGCCUCUGUUCUAUGGCAUUGCUGCAAAGAACCCUUUUGGCACCUUUAUGUUCAAGAGUGUGGAGCAUGAGCUCUUCAAUACUAUGGUUUGCCGGCAGUAUGUUUGUACCUCGACCAUCCAUCUAGCAGUUAGUUACGACAUUUAUAUUGAUUUUUUCAUACCUCAAAAUGCAGUUCUGCAUGAGGAACGUUCACACUAAGAAAGACUGCAGAUCCAGAUGGAAUUUGCACAUAAUAUGUCUUUUUUGUACUGUUCUGUGGUGGAGAAGUAUCAUAUGCGUGUCUACUUGUGUCGUCAUAGACGCUAAAAAGACGACCGUGAGGCAUUUACAGACUGUGUCUGUAUGACUUCAGCCACUCAAAACUGAGUCUGAUUACAGUAGUAACUGUAUUGUUCAUUCUUUAGGAAUGUAAGAGGUUUAUGGUAUCAUUCUGAACGGAAUGCAGUGCAUGCAUAUAGACAAGUGAAGGAAGAUUCUAAAACAAAAAAAGAGUUUAAUAUCUACCGUUUUGUACACAAAGUACUGUUCUAACAUUUCAAGAAUGUAAGUAAGAGCUUUUUCUGAAAUAUAUUUGUUAUGUAGAUUUAUUAUUAUUUUGUUGGCCAGUGUUGUAUGAAGUAGCUUAUGGGGCUGUCAAAUGAUUGAAACAAUCAUAAUUAAUCACAGUAUUUUUUGUAAUUACAUUUAGUUGCUCAAAAUUGACCCUAAAGAAAACUGUUUUCACAUUUAAAUAGCAGUAUAUUUUGUUAUAGCUAUAUGUGCUUUAUCAGAAUGUAUUUAUUAAUGUAUUCAUUAGUCAACUUGAAUAUGAAAAUCAUGUGAUUUUCAUAUUCAAGUGAACUGGAGCUCCACUUUGCUUUUGUUAGUUUUCUUUGGUCAUCCAUGGUUCUUCCGCAAGCAUCUGUCCAGUGUAGUCUGAUGAAGGUGCUGGUUUCACUUUAAAAGCCAUUUUAAAGCCGUAUUUUAACGAGAGCGCUAUAAUCACGGAUUCUAUCAUUUCGACAAAUAAGCUGGGCUUCAGCCUGAACUAUUGAUGGUUCAAAGGGUCAAACUAGAAAAAUGCGUUAACAGCAUCAAACAAAUUAGUAGUAUCAAUGUACCAGUUUGUCACUUUAUUAAUGCGCUAUUAACAUAUUAACACCGACAGCCCUCAUAGUUUUAAUGCACUGUUUGUUCUGUUAUGUACAAUGAUGAUGUGGUACGGUUUCUAUUCUGCUCUGACUUUACUAACACUGCUGCUCUAAAACAUUUGAAUGGGUCUGAGUAGGACACUUAGUACAUGCAAUCUUUAAUUUUCACUGGGCUGGUUAAACAUUUUUGUUGCAUUUUUAAUUAUUCUGUACAGUAGUACAGAAUCAUUUUAUUAUUCUAUUCUUUAUUAAGUAGCAAAGUUAAAGUAUAUGUUAUUUUUGUAACGUUUAGGAAGAAUGUGACAAAGUAAUAUGGUUUAAAAUACCAAAAUUAUUCUGCAAUUGUGGUUUAAUACCAAACAUAUUAUCCUAACAGAUAACAUCAAUAAUAUAAUGUAUAUAAUGUAUAUAGAUAGCUCAUGCCAAUUUAAUAUCUGCCUUUAUAUCCUGAUUUAGUUGAUUUCCAGUCACAUAUUUGUGUUGGUCCAGGCGUGUGAGGCUCCAGUUCUAAAUAAAGAGUUUAGCACUCUACCUCAUUUAGCACACCUGUUUCAGCUCAUUAGCAAUGCCUUUGGGAGUUUAGUUUGAUGUGUUAGGGGAGGAAAUACACUAAUCUCUGCAGGGCUGAGCUUAACACCCCCAUGUUAGUCACUUUUGAAUGAUUUAUUUUACACUAUGUCAGUAUUUGAUAUCCGUAUGGUGAAUAGAUUGUUCUAUUUAAACAUAUUGUGUAUUAUCAACUUUACUAAAUAAAGCUGUCUAAAUUUGUUUUACUAACA